AUGGCUUCAAAUAUUAGUUUAAAUAAAGGAAUUCCAGUAUUCAGGGAUUUGGAAUAUCAGUCGAGGGUGCAAGAAAAUGAGACGGAAUAUCCAUUAUGGUGGAGUAAGAAGCAAAUAGUCGAAAGCUUCCAGAACUGCCCCGAGGACACGACCUGGAACAUCUUCAUAUGCGUACUGGUUCUACUGUCGAUAGUAUUUCUGUAUUCUGAAUUUAUCCCGUACUACGAGGUCAUUGAUCUGUCCUAUAACGUGGUCUAUGCGAUACACGUUCUCGGCAUCGCCUACAAUCUCUACGUGAAUAGAGAAAAUACCGAAAUCACUUGCUGUGUUAUUUUUGCGUUUUUCAUCGACUUAGUCACAUACCUCCAUUACUUUUUAACACUCCCUUUUUAUCCGAAAGAGAGUAAACUGGCGGCUUACUAUCUGCGCCUGCACAGGCCUAUCAGAUACCUCUGGGCACUGAAUGACUUCGACUUCAAAAGCAGCAUCAUUGGCACUGCACUCAAGAAUUGUUACAUUUUCUUGGUGCUGCGAGUCACGUGGACCACCAUCUGGAUAUUUUUUCAAGAGGAAGUGGGAGACUACAGGGACUUGGCGUGGCUGCGCGCUCACGACCAGAAACAAAUGACGCACGAGGCAUUAAGUGACCGCAAUGUUAGCCUCUUCUUUGCCAGCCUUUAUCUGGUUAACAAGAUAUUUAUACCUAUUGGGUAA